AUGGGCUUCCUUAUCAAAAAGCCCGCCGAUAGCCCCGGCAAGGCAUGGCCGGCAAUCCUCAUCAGUGGCUUCGUUGCAUUCGGUGGUAUUCUAUACGGCUAUGAUACCGGCACUAUCAGCGGCAUUAUCGCGAUGCCCUAUUGGCAAGAAACCUUCUCAACCGGCUAUAGAGACAGCACUGGCCAUUUAAACAUAACCUCCAGCCAGACAUCAGCCAUCGUGUCAAUUCUUUCCGCCGGAACUUUCUUUGGUGCUCUUUGCGCCGCCCCAAUGGGUGACAUUAUCGGUCGUCGUUGGGGUUUGGUUGCCUCGAAUGGUGUCUUCGCAUUGGGAGUUGCCCUGCAGGCCGCUGCAACGGCCAUUCCUAUCUUCCUUGCUGGUCGAUUUUUUGCUGGGUUUGGAGUUGGUCUUAUCUCUGCACUAGUUCCUCUCUAUCAGUCAGAGACCGCCCCCAAAUGGAUCCGAGGUUUUAUCGUAGGUUCCUACCAAUUCGCAAUCACCAUUGGCCUUCUCCUCGCAUCGAUUGUGAACAACUCAACCCAUAACCGGGACGACUCUGGAUCCUACCGCAUCCCAAUUUCACUUCAAUUCGCCUGGUCCAUCAUCCUAGUGGUCGGUGUUCUUAUUCUCCCAGAAACGCCGCGCUAUCUCAUCAAGAAAGACAACUACAACGGCGCUCUAAAGAGCCUAGCCAGACUCCGCCGCCUCCCUCAGGACGACCCUGCCCUACGCGAUGAAUUAGAAGAAAUCGAAGCGAAUCACCGAUACGAAGUCAGCUUGGGAAACAGCGGCUAUCGGGAAUGUAUCCGUGGAAACCUUGCAAAGCGUCUUCUUACGGGUUGCCUCAUCCAAGCCUUGCAGCAAUUGUCAGGUAUUAAUUUCAUCAUCUACUACGGAACUCAAUUCUUCAAGAACUCCGGCUUCAAGAACGAGUUCAUCAUUAACCUCAUCAUCAACUGCGUUAAUGUCGGUUCUACUAUUCCCGGUCUCUAUGCUAUUGACAAAUGGGGUCGACGACCCGUCCUUCUGCUGGGAGCUGUUGGCAUGACUGUCUCACAGCUGAUUGUUGCCGUUGUCGGUACUACUACCAACAGCCAGGACGCUAACGGCAAUAUUAUUGUUCUCAACUACGCCGCUCAGAAAGCUGCCAUUGCUUUCAUCUGCAUUUAUAUCUUCUUUUUUGCUGCCUCUUGGGGUCCAAUUGCUUGGGUCGUGACUGGUGAGAUUUUCCCUCUCAAGACCAGAGCCAAAUCACUCUCCAUGACCACCGCAACCAACUGGCUCAUCAACUGGGCAUUGAGUUAUUCGACUCCUUAUCUGGUCAACUAUGGACCGGGGAAUGCAAACCUGCAAUCCAAGAUUUUCUUCAUCUGGUUUGGUUGCUGUUUCCUGUGCAUAGCGUUUGUUUAUUUCAUGAUCUACGAGACAAAGGGCUUAACACUAGAACAAGUGGACGAGCUUUACAAUGAAGUAAAGGAUGCUCGCAAGAGUCCUGGCUGGCAGCCAACUCUCACCUUCAGGGCAAUUCAAUCUGCCAAGACCCAAGAAGUGGAAGACAAGGAAGCGGUUGAGGAGCGUCACGACUCUAAGCUUACUGAUAUUCAACAACUUGAUCUCGUAAUCACUCAUCAAACACCGUCAAGGAUCAACAUGGCAACAGACGUGCAGUCAGUCGUAGACAGACUAUUAACCGCCGACGCAUCCCAUCCACCUCCCAACUACAAUUUCUCCUUCACGCCGUACCUCCGCAAAACAUUUGGCUUCGGUCUUGCCACAGACGUCCCGGUCUGUAAAGCCUUCAAAGAAGGCCACUGUCCACUUGGUCCAACCUGUCCUGACCGCCAUCCCACUCCUUCUAGAGUUACAACCUCAUCUACAAAUGCAUCCGGCCUCGCGCCGUCCGUCACACAUGGCUCUCUUGUCUGCAAACAUUUCUUAAAGGGACUGUGCAAAAAGGGCUUCAAAUGCGAAUAUCUACACGAAUAUAACCUGCGUCGUAUGCCCGAAUGUGCGUCUUUUUCUCGAUCCGGAUACUGUCCCAACGGCGAAGAUUGUCUAUACCAUCACGUACGCGAAAAUGCCCGAUUACCGCGUUGUGAACACUACGAUCGUGGUUUUUGUCCUCUUGGACCCAUCUGUGCCAAACAACAUGUUCGUCAGAGUCUAUGUCCGUUCUACCUAGCUGGAUUCUGCCCUGACGGAAAAAACUGUCAACAUGGUGCUCAUCCACGCUGGUCUGACAGUCUGCCCAAGCCGCAAAUACGUGUCGAGAAGACAGAAGAGGAUUUGGAGAGGGAACGGGCUCUGAUUCGAGAGGAACAGGAGAGAGAGGAGGAGAGACAACGGGAAUGGAGGAAUGAACGUGGUCGGGGUGGGUUUAUGCGGUAUAGAGGACGAGGCCGGGGGAGAGGGAUGUAAUGAUUCUUUUAUCUCUUUGGUUAUGUUACGAUA